AUGACCUCGAAGCUGUACGCCGACUGUCGAUUACUGGACCCGAACACUCACAUCAGGCUCCUCCAGUUUCAAGAUGGUCCAUCAGACAUGGUAGCAUGCGCCAUGUCCGUACAUGCACUCGCAGACUCACCAGUAUUCAACGGUAUCUCAUAUACCUGGGGCGAAAGCGAGUGUACAGCGCACAUCGUCGUGAAUAAUCACCGUCUUUCGGUCACACCAAAUUGCCAGUAUGCUCUUUGGCAGGCUCGGCUAAACAGCGCAGCUUCCUAUGUCUGGAUCGAUUCUGUCUGCAUCGAUCAGGCGAGUCUGAACGAGAAGGAACCACAAGUAGCCCUGAUGGGAACGACAUUUUCGCACGCAUGUCGCGUGCUUGCGAAUGUAGGACCACAUGACGCUGUCAGCCUUCGCAUCCAAAAGCUGUGCGACGAGCUUCGAUCCUAUUUGCGACUGGAAACGGAUCUACCGUACAUUCUUGCGGUGGAAUGGCAUCCUUUUGGCAGGGAUAGGGUAUCACGCUUUAAGGGUUGGGCCAAAGGUAAGACAGCAGGAGAGCUGAAGUCAGCUGCGUUAGACCUGUGCACUUUUGAGCAAAGAAGAUACUGGAGCAGACUUUGGGUUGUCCAAGAGCUGUGCGCAGUUGGAAAAGAGAGGAUCGACGUGCUGUGCGGCAGAAGUGUUCUUGAAUGGGCUAUACUGGGUGACCUCGAGGCACUGUUCAGCAUCAUCACAGAGAGCGAAGAGUCCAGGCACACUUGGCAUGGCUCAGACAGUCUAAAGGUCCCUUUGUUGAUCGAAGAAGCCAUCAUGGUCGCCAGAACUGAUCGCAAUGCGGAUGAACCCAGCGACGCUCCGUUCUCAAUCAUGGGCUCCAAAUCACCAAGGUUACUCAAGGCCAGGGACCGCCGGGAAGUGAUCACAUUGCGACAACUCAGCUUCUGGAUCGCGACAUACGUGGAGAUAGUGCAAGAUAGUGGAAGGGGUGCAGAGAACAUCGAGCCAGAUGUACACGAUGGCCGUAACGCAUAUGAAGAUGACACUAUCGUAGACCGCGACUUCUAG